AUCCCACGUACGAAAAUAUAAAAUAUAAAAUUUGUUUUUAGAGUUUAUUUACUUUGUUUUAAAUCUUACCUAUAAGAAAAAUUCAAAGGAAUCUCAUUUAAUUGUCUACUAUUCAAUUUGUGGUAAUGACUGUCGGGGAGGAAUUGGGAGUUUCCCAGACCAGGGAAGAUAUUCCCUUGAAAAAUGGGAGGAAAGCAACACGUCCUUACUUCUGCAAUGAAGAGUGCUUCAGUGGCUCAAAGUACAUGAAUAUUGCCUUUGGAACUCUAACAUUCAUCAUUACACUGGCGCUUUUGAUACAAAUUUAUUAUGGGGAUUAUCAGGUUGUACCUCAUGGGAGUGUGGCUACUGACAGUUUAGAAUGUUCAGAAAUAGGAACAUAUGUUCUAAAGGAAGGAGGCAAUUCAAUCGACGCGGUAAUAGCUAGUGCAUUAUGCUUGGCAGUAUCUACACCUCAUCUUACAGGACUGGAUGCGGAGGGCCACUUACUUAUUUAUAACCAUAAAGCUAAACAGCCUCCUACGGUGAUAGAUUUUAGCUAUCCAAAAGUGCUGCCCCAGACUUUACCUAGACUAGUAUUUGGUUUAGCUUAUGUACAUCAGCAAUAUGGGAGUUUAGCUUGGAAAGACUUGGUAUUGCCUGCUUCUGAAUUAGCAAGGAAGGGAUAUGUGGUCCCCAAAACAUUGGUAGAAGCUAUUACCUUGAGCAAAUCUGAAGAUCUUUAUGGACAUCUAGAAGCUGGUCAACUCAAAACACAUGACGAUCUGGCAAAAACACUAGAUCAUAUAGCUAGUAUGUCUGAAAAUGAAUUGCUGGACUCUUUGAAGGACCUACGUGAACCACUAACCUCAGAGGCAACUAAAGUGAAAUUUGGAAAUUUCGACGUAUUUUUACCAAAUGACAAUACCAGCGCAGCCUUGCUAGCAUUUGCUCUGAAAGAACUAGAUAGUCAAAAUAACAGUAAAUUGAUAUCAACGAAAGAAGAAAAUAUUUAUCGAUUAGCUGAAAUAACAAAAAACAUAUUUACAACAAAUUUUAGUGAACCAUUACAUGAGGGAACCGUAUCUAAUAUAGCUGUUAUUGACAAAGAUGAGAAUUAUGUGUCAAUGGUUACCGGAAUGUAUAAUUAUUUUGGAUCUGGAGAUAUAACAUCCCAUGGGUAUGUUCUGGAUGUGAAAAGCAAGGAUAAACCAUGUAGUAGAAUAGCCUUGAUAAUGAAAGAUGGCAAUUCAAUAUGCGGAAGAAGAAUAGUGUUUGGAGCAAGUAAUUUCGCAGUUGCCUUACAAAUAAUAUCUUCAUUAUUAAUAGUGAAAGAUAAUGCUACAGAGAGCAUUGAAGCUGCUAGGUUUCAUAUUCUUCCCGAUGGAACUUUAGGAAUUGAAGGAACCCAUUUUCCAGCCUUCAAUGAGGAAGUAAUGAAAUAUUUAGAAACGCUAAUAUCGAAACCAGUAUUACUUCAAGAACCAUAUGGAAGUAGCAAUAUUAUUGAGAAAUUCAAAGAUGAUUUGAGUUCUCAUUCUGAUAGUAGAGGAGGUGGAAUUGCUAGUCGAUUCUAAAUAUUCUUUCUGUAGCUAUACAUGCUGUGAUUCAUUUUAUCAACAUAACUAAGAACGAUAUAGUACCUAAUGAAAUAAUUUAUGAAUAUCUAUUAACUAACUUAAGAAUAACUAUUUUUACUAACAUUUUGUAUUGAUUUUGUUUAAUAAAAUUGCUG